GGGCGAAAACAAUGUCGGAAACAAGUCCGUUACACGUUCCUCACACUCACCAAAUCACUCUUCCAAGUCGGAGCUCUAAAAAACUCGCAAAGAACAAGAUCAAGAACAGGAGUAGGAGAAAAGAAGAAGCUUGAAACAUUAUCCAUUUGCCUCAAAAGAUUUAUUGUUUUUCUUCCUCCCCUUCUUCUUCUCCGCAGAGAUAUAUAAAUGUUUAUGUUGGAGUGAUCUUCAAAGCAGCAGUCUUCAUUGAUUGCUUGCGAAGAUUCUUCAAUGGCUACAAAUGGCGGAACUGAAGAAGAACAGCAACAGUUAGAUCUGUUAAGCAAACCACUAAAAGACGGUGAGCGUCUAGUGGCCCCUACAAGGAGACCUGACGGUACUCUCCGAAAACCUAUUCGAAUUAGGGCAGGUUAUGUCCCUCAAGAUGAAGUUGCGAUUUACCAGUCCAAAGGUGCUCUGUUGAGAAAAGGGUUGGACACGCCUGAGGUUCCUCCGGGUUAUGAUCCUGUCUUGGAUGCUAAGCCCAAGUCAAAGUCUGCUCGAAGGAAUGAAAAAAAAAAGGAGAAGAAGGAACAGGUACUUCUUGCUUGCUCAAUUUCUUCGAAGUCUUUAGUUUAUAAAGAGAAUUUG